CUCCCUGAUUUCGACGAACCAAAACCUCGGUAUAGAAAACCAAGUCCAGUUGUCUCUUAUUGUAACCCUAGAUUUCGAUUUCGGAGUGUUCAAACAAAACCAAAACAAAAAAAAAAACAUUCUCUCUUCUAAAAUCAGAAAGCAAGAAGGAUCACUAAGAUUUCUACAAGGGUUUCGAAUCGGACGGAAUCGACAAGGGUUUUUUUAUUCGAAGAAAGGCAGAUUCUAGCUCCAUUUCAGCUAUAAUGGAUCAACAAGGACAUGGACAGCCCCCAGCUGUAGGGAUGGUUGCAAGUGCAGGUCAAAUGCCAUACGGGACAGCUCAAUAUCCAUCUCACCAAAUAAUUGGGGCGCCUCCUGUAGGCUCUAUCCAGUCUCCUGGCCAGACAGCCGGAUUCUCUGCCUCCCAAGCCCAGCUUGUUCAACACCAACUUGCUUAUCAGCAGGCCCACCAGCACCAGCAACAACAGUUGCAGCAACACCUCCAGACCUUUUGGGCUAGCCAGUACCAAGAAAUUGAACACACAACCGACUUCAAGAACCACAGUCUUCCAUUAGCAAGAAUUAAGAAAAUCAUGAAAGCAGAUGAAGAUGUAAGGAUGAUUGCAGCAGAGGCUCCAGUAAUCUUUGCAAGGGCAUGUGAGAUGUUCAUCUUGGAAUUGACACUUCGUUCAUGGAAUCACACAGAAGAGAACAAACGUAGGACACUCCAAAAAAAUGAUAUAGCCGCAGCAAUUACAAGGACUGAUAUAUUUGAUUUUCUAGUUGAUAUUGUGCCAAGAGAGGAUCUGAAAGACGAGGGAAUUGCGAUGCCUAGAGCCGGGCCUGUGCCAGUUGGAGGUCCUUCUGAAGCUCUUUCUUAUUAUUAUCCACCGCAGGUCGGAGCUGCAGGGAUGAUGAUGGGUAAACCAGUAUUAGAUCCAACUUUGUAUGGGCAACAAUCUCAUCCGUACAUGCCUCAGCAGGUGUGGCCACAACCACCUGCGCAGCAGCAACAACAACAACAGGAAGAUUCUUGAUAAGGGAGGCGAUUGGUGAUUGGCUGAUAAAAUGCGUAAUUAUGGCAUGAGAUGGAUAUAGGUUGCAUGACAAAAUUUCGGUUAGGUGCCAGGGGAAGUUUGGGGUGGUAGCACUAGGCAGGUUUUGGGUUGCCGGAAAAUAUUAGAUCACAUAAAACUCUCAGCAGGUGUAUGUAAUUACCUUGCCGUUCCACUCCAUUGGCUGGUAGUGAUAAAUGUUGUAAUCUAUGAGGAUAACAGUUGCAAAUAUGCAAGGAAUAGUUAGGUUGUUGAACUAGUUCUUCCAUGAGGACAAAAGUUUGUUGAAUACUAUGUAUGGAGUAUAUUUACAAAAUGCAAAGCUAAUGUGUCCAAA